AUGGAUAUGACCAAUGAUGAGCUUGAUAAAGAGCUUCUCCAUUCUCAAGCUCACAUAUGGAACCACAUAUUCAACUUCAUAAACUCUAUGUCACUAAAAUGUGCAAUUCAACUAGGCAUACCAGACAUCAUCCACAACCAUGGACAACCCAUGACUCUCUCCGAGCUUGUUUCAGUGCUCAACAUCAACCAGGCCAAAACAUUCUCUGUCUAUCGCCUCAUGCGUAUUCUAGUUCAUUCCGGCUUCUUUGUCAAGCAAAAAGUAUCCGAAAACAAAGAAGAAGAUGGUUAUUUGCUCACACCGGCUUCUCGUCUCCUCCUCAAGGACGAGCCAUUGAGUGUGAGACCAUUUUUGUUAGCCAUGCUUGAUCCUAUUUUGACAAAGCCAUGGCAUCAUGUGAGCCAGUGGUUCCAAAAUGGUGAUCCCACGCCGUUUGACACGGCUCAUGGCAGGACCUUUUGGGACUACGCGGGCCAUGAACCAAAGCUGAACCAUUUCUUCAAUGAUGCUAUGGCUAGUGAUGCAAAGUUGGUCACUAGUGUGGUUGUUAAAGAUUGUAAGGGUGUUUUUGAGGGGUUGAAAUCAAUGGUUGAUGUUGGGGGUGGCACAGGGACUGUGGCGAAAGCCAUCGCGGUUGGGUUCCCACACUUGCAGUGCACUGUGCUUGAUCUACCUCAUGUGGUUGCUGGCUUGCAAGGGACUAAGAACUUGAACUAUUUUGGUGGUGACAUGUUUGAGGCAAUUCCUCCUGCUGAUGCUGUUCUCUUAAAGUGGAUAUUGCAUGAUUGGAGCGACGAAGAGAGUGUGAAGAUUCUGAAAAGAUGCAAAGAAGCAAUUCCGAGCAGGGACAAGGGAGGAAAGGUGAUUAUCAUAGACAUGAAGGUGGAAAAUGAGGAAGGAGAUGAUGAAUCUAUAGAAACUCAGCUCUUCUUCGACAUGCUGAUGAUGGUUCUUGUCACCGGUAGAGAGAGGAACGAGAAAGAAUGGGCAAAGCUAUUCUUUGAUGCUGGUUUCAGUGACUAUAAGAUAACCCCCAUACUAGGAUUAAGGUCUCUCAUUGAGGUUUAUCCUUGAUGGUGAAGAAAUAUUUUAUCAGUACUGUUUGGUUAAGCAUGUUUUUUUUUUUUUUUUUUUUUUUCUCUCUCUCUCUCUCUUAGUUGGUACUCACACACAUUUGUCUCUUCUGAGACUUGAACCCCUGAUCUCCAUUUAAGAAGUAAGAGACUGAUAUCGCUAAGCCAUGCACUUGCCCGUUGGUCAUAUUAU